UAUUAUAAAAAAAAAAAAUCACAUACAACGCCAGAGAGUAGUGGCUGUGUAGUUUAGUAAAGGCUCAUCUGGGAAUGAGCAUAAACUUAUGGUGCGUGAACGUUUACGCCGUACCGUACGCGAGCCGGAGACAUCGUGGACGAAGCGAGUACGGAAAAGGUGAGUUUUCAGACCCUUCUUGGAUGUAAACGGAGUUUCGGCGGUCCCGAGCGACGGGGGAAGGUCGUUCCGCCACAACGGAGCCGGAACCGAGAACCUCCGUGCUUUACCUUUCGUGCGCGGGACCACCAAGCGAGCGCUUCCUCCUGGUCCGGAAGUCCAGCGAUGCUCUAAUGUCCUUAACUUGUCCUGUCCACCGCAACCUGGGCAUCACGUGGAGACGGAAGUGCUGAAGCAUGACAAGGGCAAAAGGCUACAGUAUUUCUCAGGUGCGAUAUGGUGAUGUGAUGGCGUGUAAGGCAGGUGGUCCCGACCAGCGGCAGGGUGCUGCUCCGAUGAACCCGCCCACAAUGGAGCGGUUAUGUGAACUGUAAGAGAACACGAAGAAUGAACACACGUGAACACCAAGUGUUUCUUCUUCCUUCGCUCACACAUGUCACUCGUGACAAAACAAUACUGAUGUCCACACGCACGCGACACUUGCACAGGUGUUUUUCCACUUUCUUUUUGGAAUCUUUUCUUUUGCUCACUGCUUUUCUGCACCACCGGAACACUUGUGUUUUUAGUUGGCAGCCAUUGAAACAGAAAAAGAAAAAAGAAAAUAAAAGUAACAUGAAUGGAAUGGCAGGCAAAACGUUUUGUAAAUGAAACGAAAUCACUGCUGGACACUAAGGCAGGAAGAAAUGCAUUGCUCUGCAGCCGCUCAAGGAUGGUUGGUGGGAUGGCUGCCGAGGCCCCCCUGUACGGGGGGGUAGACAAAAUAACAGAAACGGCCUGUGAAAAGGGAGUUCGGCUUUGAAGUAACUAAAUGGCAGUUAAAACACAGCUGCAAAGCUGCAUCAUUUUGGCCAACUGCCAUUGAAGAAAAGUUGUUUGUUGUCGUCACAUGAGCAGCGUUCCACAUUUUCGAGUUGUGAUGGUGGUAUGUCGUGUUCAGUCACCCACUGUGGUAAAGUCGUGAUCCAGCUCACAGCCACAAGGCGCACCUCAUCCUCUAUCCCACAGUCCUCGAGUAGCAUGAAGAGCAGCUACGAGUCCUGGCUGUCCUCCAGCGGCCUGUCCCUGUCUCCCUUCCACGUGCGCUGGCAGACUGGGCUCUUCAACCACCUCUUCGCCAAGUGUGCACGUCUGAAUCCCACCUUCCUCUACCUGUGGUUCACUGCAGGGAUGGUGUUCGGUGUGGUUGCCAUGUUUGGGUCGGUGGUCCUGCUGAGCCGCACCCUCAUGCAGACUCUGGCCCAAAUGAUGUCGGAGAGCCCAGCGGGUACCGGCCAGCAGGCGCUGCAGGUGGUGGUGCCCGGUGUGAAUCUGCCUGUCAGCCAGCUGACAUACUUCUUUGUGGCCAUUCUGCUUAGUGGAAUAAUACACGAGUUCGGCCAUGGAGUGGCAGCGCUGCGGGAGCAGGUGAGGCUCAACGGCUUCGGGAUGUUCCUGUUUGUGAUUUACCCCGGUGCGUUCGUGGACCUGUUCACCACGCACCUGCAGCUCAUCUCUCCUGUCCAGCAGCUGCGUAUAUUCUGUGCAGGGGUGUGGCACAACUUUGUGCUCUGUGUGGCUGCGCUGACUCUGCUCAUGCUGCUCCCCCUCCUCCUGUUCCCCCUCUACGCCACGGGCACCGGAGCACUUGUCACGGAGGUCGUACAGGGGUCCCCUGCCAGUGGAAGUCGGGGGCUGUUCGUCGGUGACCUGGUGACCCGGCUGGAAGACUGCUCGGUUCACACGGUUGAAGACUGGCACUCGUGCAUCCGGCGGCUCUCGCUGGCUUCCCAGACUGGGUACUGCGUCCGCACCUCCAGCCUGCACCUCAGCUGGGCUGCUGGACGAGGUAUCGGACAGGGAUCGGCACCAGAGCUGGGGAGAGAGGGCGGAGCAUACAGGCGCCUGGACGGAACUAUGGAGUGCUGCAAUAACAGCAGCCUGACCGACCUCUGCUUCUCCUACCGCAACAAUGACCUCGAGGGCAGGAUGUACGCCUGCCUCCCGGCCCGGAAGACCAUGGAGGCCAGUCGGACGUGCCGGAGCAACGCGGACUGCCAGACGGACUUGAGGCCCGGUCUCUGUGUGGUCCCGUCGCUGGAGAACCAGACCCGCCUGAUUCGGGUCAGACACCCGCCCCAGCCGGACAUGUUGUUUGUGGGCUACCCUCCGCACCUCGAGCACUCGGUAAGUCUGACCAACUUUGUUCCCCGCUUUGGAUUUCUUCAUCUGGACAUGCCGGGGGCCAUUGACACGUUUUGCAAGUAUGUGGUGUCCCUGUCCGGUGCUCUGGCAGUGGUGAACGCCGUGCCCUGCUUCGCCUUGGACGGUCAGUGGAUGCUCACAUCCUUCCUGGAGGCAGCACUCACUUCGCUUGUGGUGGAGAAGAGCAACCGUGAGCUGCUGGGCUUCUUCAUCCUGCUUGGCGGCAGCGCGCUGCUGGCUGCCAACGUGGCGCUUGGCCUGUGGAUGGUCACUGCCCGUUAGACCCUUCCGGUGUGUCGGAGCUCUGCUGCUGGGAAGGGGCGCCUGCCACAUCCGCACAACUCCCAGAAUUCCUUUGGACUUUGGAGCCUGGCUGCUUGCGCAGGGCCGCGAGGCGUCUGCUCCCGCGGGGUCCGCCCGCACCGGACUCUCGGCCGAGCUGGACCGCCUUGCGGCUGGAGGCCUUUCCCUUCACCCGUCCCACCCUGGAGCCGCACCGCCCCCCCGAGACCUGUGUGCCGGUAGUAAUAACGCCUGGACUCAGAACUGGUGUAAGUGGUCACUAACUAGAUGUGAGAUUUGAACAGCGCCAGUGGUGAACAAGUCCUGUGGAGCUCAGACACUCGCUCAGGCAUUCUUGUCGUUUGCUGACUACUUGUGACAUUGAGCCAAUCGCAGUGCGUGAAAAGCACCGCGGUACAGAUUGCUGAGCUCCAGUCUGUGUUUUCCAAGAAUUGCAUCGGGUGCUCUGCCUGCUCGUACCGGGGUAGCGUCCCACUCUGGGUACAGUAGUGCGAGGACGUGGCCCUGCGGAAUGGGGAAGCAAGGGCUGCAUAGAGCGCACUCUCGCACGCACCAGCACACGCGAGGAGGCCAGAGCGGCGCAAAGGCAGACGCUCCAGGAACGGGAACCCAGGAGCCAUGUUUGGGUAUCUGAGUCCAAUGUCCCUUGUCAAUAAAGGCCUUCGUCGCCUUCACAAUUC